GUUUAGGUCACGUCGCAGGGGUCUUGCAGGGAUGAAUGAAGCACGACGUAAAUUACGAGUUACGCACGCAGCACUACCCUAUGUGAGCUGUGCGAGCCUUUGUUCUGCAGUUAUAUUGGCUCUGCGGGCUGGAUGGAAACGCUAGGAACGCAUCAGGAAAUAGCUGCAGCGGUAGUUUUAUUGAAAUGUUUAUUAUUUAAAGAGAGUGUAGAUGAGACAUUUGUUACAAUAUGACACACGAUUUUAGACAGACUGAGACCGGUACAGAGUUGCUUGCUAGACUUGAGGGAAGACGUUCUCUGAAAAGUCUUGAACCACGGAUUUUUGCUGGAGAAGGAUUUCCAGUUCAAGGUGAUGUCAUCGAGUUCCAUGGUGCGGAAGGAACAGGGAAGACGGAGACUCUAUAUCACCUGGUGUCCCGCUGCAUACUCCCGACUGCAGCAGGAGGACUGGAAGUGGAAGUCCUGUUUAUUGACACAGACUCCCACUUUGACAUGCUUCGGUUAGUGAGCAUCCUGGAGCAGCGUCUCCCCCAGAGCUCCGAGGAGACAGUCCGGCAGUGCCUGCGGAGACUCUUCCUUGUGCACUGCAGCAGCACUGUCCAACUGCUGCUCACACUCCACUACCUGGAGAACAUGCUCUGCACUCGCCCUGCCCUCUGCCUGCUGCUAGUGGACAGUAUCUCCGCGUUCUACUGGAUCGACAGGAACAGUGGUGGAGAGAGCCUGGCCCAGCAGGAGGCCAGUCUUAGGAAGUGCUCAGAGCUUCUAGAGAAGCUGAUCAGUGACUACAAUUUAGUGCUGUUUGCAAGCACACAGGCCAUUGUGCAGGGGUAUGCACCAGAGGCAUCCAGGACAGCAGAGGCAGGCACGCCCUGGAGGCAGCGGCCAAGCGCCGAUGCCGGCUAUAGCAAGCCAUAUCUUUGUAGGUCGUGGCAGAGGAUGGUCACUCAUAGAAUGGUGUUUUCAAAAACAGACACUUUAAAGGACGACAAGCAAGUUUUCUCUAUUGUUUCCACUCACACCAAAAGCAAAAUUACAAGCAGGUGUUCUUUUCUUAUUACAGAUGGCGGCGCCCAGUUUCUGUGACUCGGAUCUUUUCAAUAGAAAAGACUGGGGGAAGGGGAGGGGUUGUUUAUACUGGUUUUCUCUUGAAAGAGCUACUUGUCUCUCGCCAGUGACAGCCUGUUUUUUUUUUUCGUUGCCUCCCCUAAUGAGUUCAGUUCAUCGAUCCUCAUUGUGAAGGAUGUCAAGUUUUAUUUCUCCUUCCCUCCCACUGAGGUUGGUAAAAUUAUAUUUAAAAAAAUGUGAUUCUGCAGUACUGCAAAAUGUACCUAAUUAUAUACUGUCUUUGUUUGAAUAAUUAGCAGCAGUUUAAAGUUAGCAAUUAAAUAGAAAAAUGUCCACAGAAAAAAAAAAAGCUAAAGCGACUGUGCCUUUGAAAAUGCCCUAUAUGUGAGCUAGAAUUAUUAAAACUUUUUCUUUUUUUCUGCUUUUAUCAGGCUGCUUCACACCAUGUAAACAGGUACCACCACAGAAGAUAGUUCUGUUUUGUUUCCCUAUAAAGAAUCAUUUUGUUAGUUAAUAUCUGCCAUUGUCCAGGUCAUUCUUUUGUGAUUCAUUAUGUUGCAGGAAGUUACUUUCACUAGCUCCCAUUUAGUCUAUGUUGUGUACACACAAGCAGGGUGUACAUUCCUGAGACAGGCUCUGAGGUAGGACACACACACACACACACACAUACACA